AUGGCGGAUCCUCUUUACGAAUUACUAGUUCCAUACUUCGAUGCCACCCCCCCGUCUCCCUCCGACCCAGUGACUGCGGCCUACCUCACACGUCUUACCACCCUCCCUAUCGCUGCGCUCUCGUCCUCCGAGCCGUCGUCUCUAUCGCAGAGCGCGCAAUCCGCACUGCGAUCUCUCCAAGCCCUUGCAAAGCGCUCCUAUAAGCAAAUCAUAUCCUCUGCCGACCACUUGACACAUCUACAAGAGGCUCUGCCCGCAAUAGGUCGGGAUGCCGGGGUGGUACAAUCAGAGCUUCCACAGUUGGAGACAGCCGCCGAGCGGUUUGCGCAGAAAUACAGCAGGAGCACCGAAAAUGCCAUCUUAGACCGGCGGAGGAAGGCAAUGCUUCUUGCUCGGAACAUUGAUCGGGUUUCAGACGUUCUGGAUCUUCCCACGCUCCUUUCCUCUGCCGUGUCCUCGUCAACAUCUCCGUCACAUCCAGGCACAACAGCUACCUCUGCAACCAAUGCCAAUUAUACCUCCGCAUUGGAUCUUUAUGCCCAUAUCAAGCGUCUAUAUACACUUUAUCCUCAGUCUCCGCUCAUAUCAUCUGUCGCGGCUCAAGCUGAGGAGGAGAUGAAGACAAUGACCGCCAACCUAAUCGUCUCCCUCCAAUCUACCGGUAUAAAACUGGCCGGCGCUAUGCGGACGAUAGGAUGGCUGCGCCGUGUGGCACCCGAGCUUGAUGAGACGUGGGUCUCAAACCCGUCCACUAUAGGAAGUGGAGAAGGGAGUCUCGGAGCUCUCUUUCUGGUGUGCCGGUUGGCAUGCUUGGAGACAAUGCUGGCGGCGUUGGAGCCAUUGAAAGAGCUAGCUGAUCAGGAGGCAGAGCAGAGAUCUAAAGGUUCAGGAGGCACAGGAUGGGGACAGCAGACCGAGCGUUACCUCAAACGAUACAUUGAAAUCUUCCGCGAGCAGAGCUUUGCCGUCAUCUCGAUGUAUAAGUCGAUAUUCCCGUCUGCCCUUCCAAUGCCAUUGCCAGAGGAUGUGUCUGCGCCCGCCGUCCAGCCGAUUCCAGGAAUCAACUCCGAUUCGCUCGAUGACCUACCAUCAGCACUUGCCACAUUCCCAUUGUAUCUUGUCGACAUGCUGUUUGAUACCCUCCGGGCCUAUCUGCCCAACAUAGAGGACCGUUCAUCCCGCGAUUCCUUGCUUACACAGGUUCUCUACUGUGCUGGUUCGCUUGGUCGCUUAGGUGCGGAUUUUAGCAUGAUGAUUGCUUUGCUGGAGGAGGACCUUCGUGCCGGACUUGGGAGCGAGAGCGAAACGGAAGAAAAGGAGACCGACGAAGAAUGGGUGGAGAUCAUGAAGAAACACAGGGUGCAAGCAUCCAGACUGGAGCUCCUGGCAAGCGGUGUCGGGGCUGGGCGCAACAGCAGUUCCGCCGAGCGGACAAUCAGCCCUAGCCGUUGA